AUGAAAAGAUACGUUAUAAAUAAUAACACAUUACAUAACUCCAAAAAAAUAAGAGUAGCAUACGAAUAUGAAAGUGAAAUAAAAAAAACAGGCUACAACUCACCAAGUAUUUUUGAUCUUAAUUAUAUUUAUAACAGUAUAGGGAGCAUGGAAAGGAAAAAAAUAAAUGUAGAAAAAUUUAAUUGGUUUAAUAUAGAAGAAAAUGUAAAGAGACAAAAAACAAAUCUUUUUAAUAUUUUCAAUGAUUUAAAAAAUGUAAAAGAAAUAGAUGAAUAUGAUGGAAAUGAAAACAACAAUAAAAACAACAAUGGAUGUAACGAUAAUAAAAGAAAAAUGUAUAACGAUAUAAAGGGUAUAAUUAAGAAGCCUAUUCGAAGAAAAUUUGAAAAUAUUAAUAUGUAUAAUAGUGAUCAUAUAAAUAAAAAAAUAAAUAGUAGAAAAAUAAUGGAUUGUCAAAAAAAAGACGAAAAUGAUGAAAACAAAAAAUGUAACUUGAUUAAAAAUAAAUAUUAUGAAAAAAUAAAUAGUUUAUUAAAACAUAUGCAUAUGAGUAAAAUUGCUCGAAAAAAUGGAUAA